UAAAUAAACAAUAAAAAUCAAAAAUCCUAGUCAUGGAAAACUACAUGAUUGAAGUCCAAAUUCGGUGUGAUCGUCUUGUCUUUAAUUAUGUUGCAUGUGUUUACACUUUCAGGAUUAUGCUUGGGCAUUGGAAUGGGAUUACUACUAUUAUCAACUAGUUUUUGGUUGUACAAGUUUCUGAAGAAGAGAAAAAUCAAAAGGCACAAAGAAAAAUUCUUCAAACAGAAUGGUGGUCUCUUGCUGCAACAACAAAUAUCAACAGAUGAAUGUAUACUUGAAAAAACACGACUUUUCACUAUGAAAGAGCUAGAGAAAGCCACUGACCUCUUCAAUGAAAGUCGAAUACUUGGUCGAGGAGAUCAAGGGACGGUUUAUAAAGGUAUGUUAUCUGAUGGAAAAAUUGUAGCAGUAAAGAAAUCCAAGAAAGUAGAUGAAAAUCAAGCAAAACAAUUCACUAACGAGGUCGUCAUGCUCUCGCAAAUCAUUCAUAGGAAUGUAGUUAAACUAUUAGGAUGUUGCCUCGAAACAGAAGUUCCUUUGCUAGUUUAUGAAUUCAUUUCAAAUGGAACUCUUUUAGAUCUUAUCCAUGAUAAGAGUCAUGAGUUUCCAUUCUCAUGGAACAUGUGCUUGAAAUUUGCUAUAGAAGUGGCAGAAGCAUUGGCCUAUCUUCAUUCUGCAAUAUCUAUUCCCAUCUAUCAUAGAGACAUUAAGUCGACCAAUAUACUUCUUAAUGAAAAAUAUGUACCAAAAGUCUCAGAUUUUGAAAUUUCAAGGUCAAUCGCAAUGGAUCAAACUCAUCUAACUACGCUAGUAAAAGGAACAUUCGGAUACUUAGAUCCAAAGUACUUCCGGUCAAGGCAAUUUAUAGAAAAAAAGUGA